CACUCCUCCACCCGGAGAGCUGCUGCUGUAAGUGUGUGUGAAGUUGUGAAGGAGAGGAAACUCGGAUCUGCUUGAUGUUUUGUUGAAGGAUUUGUGUAACUUUAAUGUGAUGAUGUGAUUUAAAGUGUAAACACAGUGUCUGAGACAUGAAGAGAGGGUUCCAGGUCCGAUUCCCGGCCCGGCUCGAUUCUCUGUGUCUCUACGUGCAUGGAUUUUGCAUGUUCUCCCUGUGCUUCAUGGGUUUCCUCCAGAAAAUCUUUACACACUCUACAGGAGUCUCAGACAUCAUGACCCUCCUGUACAUUUAUAUCUUAUUUCUGGCUGCCGGUGUGGACUUCAUCAGUGCAGUUCCUCACAUUACUGUAUCUGCUCUAAUGGGUUCCACAGUCGUCCUGCCGUGUGAACUGACUAAUAAUUUCACCCAAACAUCAGUUAUUCAGUGGCGCACUGAUGAUGAGGAUGUGUUUGAGCGAAGCAGUGAUGGUACGUAUGUGGGUGAAGGAUAUGAGGGUCGUGUGGAUAUUCCUGAAGACGAGCUUCAUAAAGGAAACUGUUCCCUGGUGUUAAAGGACGUCAGUGUUACUGAUGAUGAUUUCUACAGAACCUUUGUGGUGAAACAUGUGGACAAAAGUAACACAGACAUAGAACAGGAAAUCUACAGUGUUACACUCUCAGUCAUUGGCAUUCAGGUAUCAGCUCCAGUGGGUUCCACCGUCGUCCUGCCGUGUGAAUGGAGGAAUCUGUCCAUCCAAACACCUCAUGUGGAGUGGUCUAUUGACCGUGAGGUUGUGUUUGAGCGACAGGGUAAAGAGACAUUUCAGGGUGAAGGAUAUGAGGGUCGUGUGGACGUUCCUGAGGACGAGCUGCUUAAAGGAAACUGUUCACUGGUGUUGAAGAACAUCAGUGGUACUGAUGAAGCUGAGUACAGAAGCUCCACGUACAUGGUGAAACACAAAAAAACUGUCUUGGUCCAGAAAGUUCAACUCUCAGUCUAUGGUAAGUUAAUUAAUCUCAGAUACAGAGUCUGA